UGACGAGCGUGGUCUUUUCGUGUUGUUGUUGUGGAGUUUAUGGCGUCAAAGAAGUUUAUGGUGACCGCCCGAACAUGGACUGCGGCCGAGGGAUGUUUUGCCCGUUUUGUGGCAAACACAUGAACAGCUUAACGCGAUUUUGCUUUACGUGUGGUCGGUGUUUGGAGUUUUUAAAGGACGCGGACCAGACGGAAACACCAGACAUACUGCAUCAUUGCGUUCAAUAUUUUAACGAGGGUCACUCGUACGCUGUAAUCGUGGACAUGAUGUCAAGUCUACACGGUGUAAACAUCAGCUUGAGGACUCUUAAAAGUAAACUGAACGAAGCCGGGUUGUACCGCAGAAAGGAUUAUUCCUCGCCAAACGCCGUGAGUAACGCCAUCAGAUUUGAACUUCGUGGACCUGGACAACUACUCAAUGGGACCUAACUAUAUGUGGCACGCAGAUGGUUAUGACAAACUUAAGCCGUUCGGUUUGGCCAUUUCGGGAUGCAUAGAUGGAUUUUCACGUAAAGUAUUGUGGCUUCAAUGUGGACCAACAAAUAAUAACCCAACAGUGAUUGCUCACUAUUUCAUGUCAUGUGUGCGAAACCUCGGUGUCAUCCCCAUGAGACUGAGGACUGAUUGCGGCACUGAGAACGGCAUAAUGGCUGCAAUUCAAUGUACCCUACGCCACCAUCACAGUGACUACUACUCUGGAGCGUCCAGCCACAUGUACGGCUCAUCUAUAAAUAACCAGCGUAUUGAGUCCUGGUGGUCUAUAUUUAGAAAGGGAAGGUCUCAGUUCUGGAUGGAGUUAUUUGCCGACCUUAGAGAUGCCGGAUACUUCAACGGGAGUCAUGAGCAUCAAUGCCUAUUGAGAUAUUGCUUUGGUGAUGUUAUUCAGAAGGACUUGGAUGAGUGUGUGAGACUGUGGAACAGCCACAGGAUUCGCCCUUCCAGAACAGCAGCAUGUCCAGGAGGAGUGCCCAAUGAACUCUACUACUUACCACACAGGUUUGGCUCCAGAGACUGCGGAUUUCAAAGUGAACAAGCUGAACUGGAUGCCCUUCCUGAGGCUAGCCUGUCAAUGACUCCUUGUGGGGACCCAAACAUGCAGGAGUACUUGGACUUUGCCAUGGAACACAAUCAGUUACAGAAGCCAGACAACUGGGAGUCUGCAUCCGAACUGUACAUGAAACUAAAAGAAAUGGCUCAGCUAUGAAAUGAUCAAAAAAGGGAGGGUUUUUUGUAGUGGUGGAAUACUGCUGUCUGUCUGAACACAAUAUUUAUGAAUCUGUCACCCAAAGCUUAAUUGUUUUUAAGUGUGAAGUAAAUUAAUCAAAAAUAGUAAUCAGUAUUUAUUACACUUUUGUAGUAUUGAGAGUAAUGGAUCUAAAACAUUUUCAAAAUGUUUACUGUGAGAAAAGAACAUGCUCACAUACAGUAACAUUAUAAAAACAACUUUGGCAACUGCACUUUAAAAGUGCACCUUUAAUAGGGUUGGGCAUCAAGAACCAAUUCCUACUUGGAAUAGUU